AUGAACUAUUUUGCAAUUAGGUCCCUUCCAAGUAGCAAACAGAUGAUGUUGAAGAGAGCCCUGCAGAAUCUGAGAGUACCUUCGGAAAGUAAAAGGAAAAGAAUCUCUGGCACAGUAUAUUGUAAAACCUGUGCUAUCGAUUUGUGUGCAGAAGCAUCUGGAGCUCACAGAAAACGAAAGAGAGAACAAUUUAGUAUCAUUGACAAGAACGUUAAGCUUAAAAAGCAGCAAACUGCUAAAGAUUCAAAUAGCGUGGACAAAAGAGUUGCAUCCAUGGAUUAUAUCUCACAAUUGCCUGAUACUGUCAUCCAUAUCAUCCUCUCUUUCCUUCGUAGUACAAAAGAUGCUGCUCGAACCAGUAUCUUGUCUAAGAGGUGGAGGGACAUGUGGAUCUCUUUCUCUGUUUUGACAUUCGACCAACGGACUUUUCAAGAACUAGAGGGAGUUCAAAGUAUGGAGAACUGCAAUGAGGUGUUUAAGCAGUUUAUUGAUAAGUCUCUCCAGAGCCACCUGGAUCGUAAGUUAGGUAUAUAUAAAUUUGUUCUACAUUUAACCUCCUAUGAUCCAGCAUUGGUUCAUCAUAUGGAACGGUGGUUUGGAAUUGCAACUGAAAAUAACGCAAAAGAGCUAGGUUUCCAUGUUCAUGUGAAAGGAACUAGGCGCUACAUUUUGCCCAAGAAUGUCUUUGCUGCAGAAGGAAUAACUGGAUUAAGGCUGCAAGGCUGUAAACUUGAAACUUGCAGUAUUAUAAAGCUUCCUCAUCUGCAAAAGCUAUAUCUGCGAAAUCUUCGUGUUGAUCAACAGAUAAUUAUGAAUCUCAUUUCCAGCUGCCCUCUAAUUGAUGAUUUGAGACUCAUACAAUGCUCGGGGUUAAGUUGUUUGGACAUUUCAAGUCUUCUUAAACUUGAUAGGGUUGAGGUACACUGCUGCAAUGUACUCAAGAAGAUAGAUAUUACAGCUCCUAGUCUUCAAGCAUUUUGGUAUUGCGGGAAGAAACAAGUGUCCUGCAAAAUUAACUUGAAAGAUUGCGAGUCUCUGAAAAGGCUGACACUAGAAGACAGUAGAAUGACAAACAACCAGUUUCAUGGUCGAUUCUUCAGUUUUCCUCUCCUAGAGAAACUGGAGCUAAGUAACUGCCUCAAGUUGACGAAUAUAAGAAUUGGAAGUCAUCGGCUGAACAGACUAGUCUUAAGAGGUUGCAAGAAUCUAGAGGAAGCUGAAAUUGAUACUCCAAAUCUUCUUUCAUUUGAGUAUCAAGAUAGGAAGCUCAAACUUAACCUCAAAUCUGAGCCUCUUUGGUUUCCUAAGUUGCGAGAAUUUCUUGGGAAGUUCGACCAUAAAGGCUUGAAAUUGGUUGUGCGCACCAGUAAGAAUGUCAUCAUCCAUGAAGAUUUUGGAGAAAUUUUGCUUUCUACAUGCGGUGGUCACAAAAUUGAAAUGGUCCAAUCUUCAGUGGGUACUGAAGAACUAUUAGAUAUUUCAUUGCAUAAAGGACAUCCACAGACCCUAUCUAUAAUGUCAUCUUCCAGCAGUGAAUUCCCAAAGUUGGUACAUGAGAAGAUUAUCAAUAGAAAGGAGGAUCCAACCUGCUGCACAAGUAAUAAUCCCAACAACAAGUGUUGGCGACACUUCUUGAAAGAUGCCAAGAUGGUGAACUUGAAAGCAGCUAAAGGCAAAAAUGACUCUGAGUCAAUGGCUUGGUUGAAGUCACGUCCAAAUGCUAACGAGAUUGCUUGUUUUAGAUUGGAUUGGAAAUCUGACAAAGAUGCUUUGUGGGGAGGCUUACCUCUCUCAAACAAGCACGUUAUCUGGGUAAAUCCUGGGUUACAUGCAACACCAGCUGAUAUUAUAAGAAUUCUACUAUUGCUACAAGACAUGCGAUGCGACCUAGUGCCUAAGUUUUUCAGUGUUCAGAAAGAAAAGCUGGUAGGAGAUUUUGACCGUCUUUGUACAGAACUUGCUGCUUUUUCCUUGCUCUGCUUCUCUGUGUUAAGCAUUUUGUUCAAACCUUCCCUGAGCCCUAUGGAUGGCAAGGAGCGUGCAAGUGGGAAGAAGAAGACCAUUGUAGUAGGACCAUGGGGAGGAAAUGGUGGAGCUGACUGGGACGAUGGGAUCUACAAUGGGGUGAGAGAGAUCACGCUUGUUUACGGUCAUUGCAUCGACUCCAUUACUGUGGUGUAUGAUAGAAACGGUAAGCCUGUCAAAGCAGAAACGCAUGGUGGUCGGGGAGGCAAUCAAACUGCUGAGAUAAAGCUUCAGUACCCAGAUGAGUUCCUAGUCAGUGUAAGUGGACACUAUUGUCCGAUGGUGUAUGGUGGCGGCCCGAUAAUCCGGUCACUCAAAUUUCAGAGCAAUAGAAGAACAUUUGGACCAUAUGGAAUUGAAGAAGGCACACCCUUUACUUUCACAGUGGAUGGAGGCAAAAUUGUUGGAUUAAAGGGAAGAAAUGGAUGGUACCUAGAUGCCAUUGGGUUUCAUGUAUCCCCUCCCCCAACCAAAAAACUGUUUCAGAGUAUUCAGAAGAGUUUUAGAAGGCUUGGGAGCUCGGUUUCAAAACCUUAG